AUUUCACUUAGACUGUGACAGAAAGAUAAAGAGUGUGGGAUGGUUGAAGACAUAGUCGAACUUCUAAAAUGGUAGAUUUUUCUUCUUCUUGUGAAUUAGUAUGAAGCCGCAGUUGCAUUAGGACGUAGUUAGAACUUCAAGAAUAAAAAGUGGAGAAACGAUCCGCAGCUACGAUGGCUGCAAGAAAAAAUCGCGCUACCUGUAGCCUUUUUGUGAGAGCUUUAGUGCCAAGAUUCCUUUUUCUGGGGCAUGGUGUGCUAUGUGUCUCGCUGGUAUCAAAACAAGAACAUAAUAACGAAUAUUGGUAUUUGACUGUCUGCCUGGGUUUGCUCAUUCUCGAAGGUAUUUUCAAUGUUUUGAUUCGACAUGGCAAGGAGUUUCACUGGGUGUGUCCAAGCGCAUUUCUCUACGCAAUAGUACUUAUCACUACGCUGAUAGUUUUAAGGGAGAGGCGAGUGAAGUGCUUAGUAACAAAAAGUUCUGUUUUUUGUGAUAAAUCUGUUUUGGAUGGAAACGACGCCAUUACUACGUUAUUUGAUGACAUGACUGAAUCGAAACGUGCAUCUAUUCUGGAACAAACUGGCAUGCUUGUACUAAUUAUUGGAAGAUGGUUGUUGCCCCAAGGCUCAAUAUCCAAAGAAGCAUUUUCUCAAAUCCUUCUUAUCUAUAUUGGCACCGCUGCCGAUAUCGUAGAGUUUAGUGAGAUAUACGGUGAAGAUGACGAGCAACUGAAAAAGCAGCUUAAAGAAGAUACGGCAGACGUAUUGCAUGGCGUCAUGGCUGUAUGGGCUCUUAGCGUUCUCCAGUUUUCACUAACAAUAGCACUACCUGAGGAUGCGUUAAAACAAGAAGAAAAGGGAAGCAGCGAUGAAGAAGAAAACGAUGUACAGGAAUUUAGCUAUUUCCAAGCUAAAUUAUCGAAUAAAAUUGCUCCAAUGUCUUACAUGCACUACAAAUCAAUGUUACGAGAAGGAUUUCAACACAAACCUAGGUUGAAUAAAAAUUUAAAAAGAAGCCCAAGUGAUGCACAAUUAGCGUUUAAAGAGAAAUACGAUAACACCUCUGAAACUUUACGUUCGUUACGUUUAAGAGCCGGUUCAAUGCAAGAAAAUAAAACAAACGAAGGAAAUUAUACUAUAAAUUACACAUGUUCAUCAUUAGAAAAAAACAAGUCAAAAGCUGAUACGCCAUCACCAGAAAUUAACACAGUUCCCUCUCGUGUAAAGCUGCCUCAAGGAGAAAGAGUGCCGACAAACAUUGGGUCACCCAACAGCAUUAGAAGCUUGCGUACAGGAAAGACAAGUAGUAUACGAUCAAAUAAAUUUAUACGCUCGCCACAUAGCUCAAAAUCAUCUCGAAGUACUGAAUCAAGAAAAAGUAAUUAUAGUUCUGAGUCAAAUAAGAAAAUAAGCACGUGGCAAAGGUUAGUAGAGAGAGCACCAUUUUACAAAAAGGAGAGAAGAAAAAAUAGAAAAGACUCUACAAAAGCUGAUAAUAGUUUAGGUAUUGGCAAGAAGGAAAUACAAGGAUGUUUUUUAAGAUAUCUUGAUCUAAUUGGUAUUUUAAUACCAGUGUGUCUACAGGAUGGUCCUUUUUUCAUAUUACGCUUCGUCCUAGUUGUCCAUUAUAACAUUGUCACAGAAAUGAUAUUUUUGCUGACUACCAAAAACGCGCUCGUCGUAAUUUUACAGGUGUAUCGCAUUUUGUUAAUGUAUUGUUCAGAGCCGAAAAAAGAACCCGAUGUUAAUGAUCCAUCCACACGUGUAAGAACGGCUAUGGACACAAAUAAGAAAUUAUCAGAAAAAAGUCCAUUCCGAGUUCAAAGAGCAAGUAUUGCAAUACAAGCUAUUAGUCGCAUGCACACCCAAGUUAAUCAAACAGCUGGACCUGAUAGCGGCACAAAUCUACCAAUGACUAAGGAUGGUAGAUCACAUGUUGUUAUAAAUCUUCAAGACUUGCAGCAGUGCCCAUAAGUCUUGAGAGAAGGAUAAACGAUAUUAUUAUUUACUUAAAAAUAAAGCAGUAUUUGUAGAAGAAACACAUCAUUGAAUUAUUUAAACAAAAUGUAUGUCGCAGGGGUUAGAUUGCAGUUGCGUAUAAAAAGUUUUAGGAGCACAGAAAACUUUAUUUUUUUUGAAUUGUCUAUUAAGAAAGAAAAAAAUAAACCACUAUACCGGGGAAAAAGUAAAUAACAAAUACUAAUGACUAUAACUUUUUUCGUUACCUAUUUACGACUAGUACUUUUGGUUAUUUCUAUAUCCGAGAGACAUUUUUCAUAUUUUUUUUUUCGAAUUCUUCUUUGUUUGUUUUUUUCAAUCUUUUAUAUUCACUUGUUCACAUUUUUUAAUUCCUGAAAGGCGAUACAAAGUGCUACUAAUGCUAAGGGCCUUUUAUUUUAUAAACAGUUUAUGGUGUAACGUACCUGGAUAACUUAAAUCAUAUGAUUUAUGUUAGGGUUUUUUUAUAGUUUUUAGUUAGGUUUAACACAUCAUACAAGAUUCCGCAAUUAAUCGCGCGUAAAUAGACAAAAAAACACAAUGAAAAAAAACAUUCGGCGUAUUUAAUCUGUAUUCGGAAUUCAAAGUUUUGUCUUGCGGAAACAGAAGACAAAUUUGCUAAAAUGCGGGUAAAAACAGAGUUUUAUUCUACCUUCAGCCAAAUUUGGCCGCAAAUAUGCCAUACAAGCAGUUAAUUUAACAGUGUAAAAACAAUUUACCUUUAUACGAAUUGGCAAACUCUGUAAACGUCCAACGUGGACAUGUUUAAUUUCUUACCUGUUAGCUUUUCUGACGACACAAAGUUAGUAAUACAAUAACCAGGCGAUAAGCCAGUGGAAAAAUCAACUUAGGCAAGAAAGAAACGAAAAACUUGACUUCGUUAACACGUCUCUUCCGGAACGGGUGGGUUAACUCAGCUUUAGGAAAUUGGUCCUAAUAUGAUCUCAGGUAGUCCUUAGCUACCAACGUCUGUUACUUACAGCCGUUUCAAAGAUAUCAGGCCUCGACCAUAAAGGUGCAAUGCAACGGCUUCCCUAAUUUUGAAAUUUACGUCAGUCUAAUGCAUUGACGUCGUGCCGUAGCAAAUCAGACAAAAAAUUAAUCACAGGAAAGUGAAGAUAUCUACUUUGCCAGUCACAGACAGACACAACUUUCGUCUCUAUAAUAAAAGCCGUAUUCUGUCUGUUUGUGCGGUUACAGAUAACAUUACAUGGUUACAGAUAAUCUUUUGAUAUUUCCGCGAUCCAGGUGUCGUUUAAUCGAACCUCAUUAUUAUUAAUCUCAUUAUUACUUAAAAAUAAAUUCAAUAAAUUAAUUUCUUUAAUUAAUUUAUUAAUUUAAUUUAUUAACUUAAUUAAAAUAAAUCGAUUAAGUGGUUAAACUGAAUGUGUUAUUAUUUUGAUACGCCAUUUUGAAUAUGAACCACCUUGAUCUUAAUCGCCUAUCCCGCUCACGAGACAAAAACAAAUGCGACCUACUUUUUUUUGACCGCUCGCAAGUAAUCUUCGCCCCGUUAUUUGAAAAACCAAUUCAAGAAUACCAAUCUGUUGACGACACACCAAGCUAGCUUGGUGUGUCGUCAACAAUGGAUGAUCGUUAACCGCUGAGGGUUGGUGACCAGAUGGAAAAUUCCAGGGUACUCACAAGAUCUGACCCUCAGGUGUCGUAUAGUUUUGACAAUAUAAGGCGUAUUACUUCACGAAAAUUUAUAUACAAUACCAGGAAGUAAAGAUCUUGGAAGACAAUCCUUGAAACGAAACAUGGCAGGCAAUCUUAACCAAGAUCGAAAAAAGCAGUAAGGAACGACUGGGCAGGUCUUUAGAGAAAGCUUUCCUAAGACGAAACCUAGCCUGUAAUGAUACGGUUUUCCAAAUAUGGUAAUACGAUUAAUACCUUCUUGUAAUGUCUACCACUCAGGACAUUAAUAAGGCAGGGCUUGUAACACUUUUAUUGAUCUUAUCUUAGAUUUUUUUGCUGACGUCAGCAGUGCAGUGCAGAUAAGAAACAUUGCGAAAUUUAGUUUAUUUUUUGUCUGAACGAUGAUGUUUUGCUGAUUUCAGCAGUGCAUAUGCAAAAAAAAUGUUUUUAAAAUCUUACACAAAAUAUCAAAUCUUACACAAAAUAAAAAAGAAAAGCUUGCAAGGUAUAAAAUCUAGUUGAUAAAAAGUUACAACAACGACACUCACAAAACCGACAGUUACAACACCGACAGUCACAACACCGACAGUCACAACACGGAUAAUAACAAUGUCAGAAAUAACACAUCUCAAAUAUGUACAUCUUAUAAUUGAUUAUGUUGAAAUCCCUCAGUAUUUUAUUCUGAAAUGUCAAAAAGGCGGCCUGCAAGAGCACAAAUCAACAAAUAUAUAAGUUAUUUUACACAUUUUAAAUAUUGUCUUUUCCUUAAAAGCUUAUACAAAAAUAUGAACUAGUAUAGAAAGUGUUGCGGAGAGGUUGCCAAGGCAAAGGCAUUAAGCACGGCAAGGAAAGGGCACGGCAAAGGCAGGCAAGGAAACAGGGCACGGCAAAGAGGCAGAUAAGGAAACAGUAAGGCAGGGGUAGACAAGGCAUAGUAGGCACAAGCAAGGCAAAGGCAUUGAGCACGGCAAGGAAAAGGCACGGCAUAUGCAGGCAAUGAAACAGGGCACGGCAAAGGCAGACAAGGAAACAGGAAGAGGAAUCAGUAAGGCAGGGGUAGGCAAGGCACAGGCAAGGCAAAUGCAUUAAUGAAGGCAAGGAAAAGGCACGGCAUAGGCAGGCAAGGAAACAUGAAGAGGAAUCAGCAAGGCAGGGGUAGGCAAGGGCAUGGCAGGCACCAGAAAAAAGGCAUGGGAAGGGUAGGCAAAGGCACGGUGAGUGAUGGCAAGGCAGGCAGGGACCUUAAUAGAAACUCUCCCCUCUACAACUCAAAUAUUACGUAUUCUCAAUAUAUCUAAAUAUUAAGUUGCAAAUUUCAAAUUCAGUACCUAAAAACAGGAUAUUACAUUUAUAUAAGGUCCAUAUACAGCGAAUCAUCAGAAUUAUGUGUCAAUACAAGAAGUUAAACCUUUUUUUUUAAAUUAAAGAUUAAAAGUCAACUUGGUUCGGAUGAAUUUGACAAUAUUGGUUUUUAAUAACUCUAACAACAAUAAAAGUCAAGAUACAGAAAUGAUCGCAGAAGUCAACGAGAGUCAUUUUUUAAAAACGCCUAUUUUAGUUUCUUGUUCACCAAAAAGUGUUAGUUUCAUUCAAAGUUUUAGAAAAAGAAAAAUGAUAGGCAGUUUUGAGUAAAAAUACAAAAUAUAGUCGAAUAUAAUCAAAAAUACACGGUAAAAAGGCUAAAAAUAGGAUUUUUUUUAUAUUUUUGAGAUUUAAAGCCAACUUGGUGCAAAGUAACACAUGCACUAAGUAAUUGAUUUUAUAAAAUUGGCACGUUUUCUCACAUAUAUAAGGAUUCAGAUAAAAAAAUCACCUCGAUAAUGUGUGACCACACGGAUUACCUGGCUGUUGUUAGAUACAUAAUUGUUUUUCCUAGCCCCGUCCAGGAUUUGAACCCGGAUCUCUCAUUUGCAUGAGUGCCAUAGCCAUUAGACCAACAGGGCAUAAAAUUGUUGAGUGUUUUUAGUGAGUAAAAAAGGCAUAUAUAUCUG